GGGAACUGUAUUAUGGGGUCGCGGCAUUAGAAAGUUUGGGAACCACUGGAAUAGAGCCUCAUUUUUAGGCUUGAACUACAUAUAAGUUGAAUCAUUAGAAACUUACGGUAUCUCUAACCCUUAGAGGUAAAUUAGCUCUUUACCAUCUUUCUGAAAUGCUCUAUAAGGAUAAAGGUAUGAAGGAGUGAACUCUGGGUGUAGGAUCAUUACAUCAGUUAUUACAGGCCAAAGCAAUUGAAAGGAUAAAGAUAUUUGGUAGUAUCAGCUCAGCUGAUUAUUGCCAAUCUUUGACAAACAACAGACAUAAUAGAGUUGUAUUUUCUGUAGCCAAACUUGACAUAUGGCCUUCAAUUGUCAUUGAUUAUAGAUACUGUAAGAUCAUCUAUUUUGAACAUUUUUGCCCUUGUGGUUCUCAUGUAGUAGACAUAGGUCAUAUCUUAGUAUAUUGCAAUUUCUACAUGUGAUUAUCAGAGAUGUGAUGCUAGCUACCAGCUUGGCUAGCUUAAAAAAGGCUUGAACUUAUUCAUGGAAAUAGUGGGGAUCAAUGGCUGUUAGUUUUGAUGGGAAGGUGUCUGCUUCUGAGGCCAUCUGCUGGGAGAUUAGUAAGCUUCUCUUGUGUGAUUGGUUGUCCACUGUGAAGACAGAGUGCUGGACAAGAUGGGUCAGGUCCAACCCAACAGCUCAAUGCUUAUGUUUUUACAUGAAUUGAUGAGCCAUUUUAAUCACCGCUUAAAGACUUAACAAGCAAAAAAAAAUGAGAUAUAUAUUUAAUUUCUCCUGUCAGAUUUUUGGACCAAUGUAAAACAUACUUCUGUAGGCACAUUUUGUUUGGCAGUCCUGAGAGUACUCUCACCCAGGUUCUAUCUGACAUAAUGGAGUGCCCACCUGAGAUUUAAAACUAUUGCUAAACUAUACUGUUGUUGAAGUUCUAAAAUAACAGUAUAAUAAGACAACUGGAUUUCAGGUUUAGAGCCCAGAGGGAAAAACUUGUAGAGCCUAAAUUAAUCUCUUUAAACUGUGUUAAUAGAUUAGGACAUUUUUUUUCUUCCCUAUUAGUAUUUUGGCUAUUUUUAUUAAUUAUUUUAUACUAUUUUGUUUGUAUGGUAUUAGCAUACUUUAUAUCCAGAUGGACAAUGACCGUAAAUUUUCUUCUUAUGAAUGAACACUUAAGGAUUAUAAGGAUUUACAUUAAAUAUAUAUGCAUAGGUUUGAUAAAUAUUUGAUUUGGAUUUGCUGGAAUUCUUAAUGAAGUUGUUUCUGAAGAGGUUCCUCAUCUUCCUUGAUAUGCAGUUUUUUCUUUUUGUCCAAGGUCUUCUGCAGGGUUAAACGUUUGGGAGGCUUCUUUACUUUUUUUGAAUGUGGCUUAACUUACCAGCUUUUCUUCGUUUUGUUUCUUGUUUCCUGCCAAAAUUGUCAGAAAAUAAACCACGGCUUACUUCUGAAUUUUGCUGGCAUAAUGAGGUCUUUGAGGACAGCAUCCCACCUGUACAAGUUUUAAAGUUGUUUCUGUUAAACAAUAUAUAGUUUGGUCAUAUUAAUGCAUGCAGAAUGACUGUGUCUGAUUAAGGACAUUUAUAAGAUUGGAAACUUCAGUACAUGUUUAACUUUGGGGCUCUCCUCGUUUGUCAACGGAAAAUUUCAUAUUUAAUAACAAGUACAAUAUGCAUUUAUUUGGUAUGGUAUGUGUGCACUUUAUUCUUCAUGAUCUGUACAAGUGUAAUAAUUAAGAGAGGAGAGUGGGAUACUAUUAAAUUGCGAUGAGUGGGUGUUUGUAGGAGACUAUGACUUUAGUAAAUGGCUGAGAGAUGAGUCUUAGUGGAGGGAAAUAUAUCUGGUCUGCACUGGAGCCUGCUGCCUUUUAGCAUUUGUUGACAUUUCAGUCUUUAACUUGGAUUUUGUGCUGCAACGUGGAGCUGUGUCAUCAGCCACUCUAGCAUACGAGAGGCAAUGCCUCAGUUGUUGGGAAUCAGGUUGCAUCAGCUACUGGCAGCUCUUCCUAGUGGAGCUGAUGUGGUUCAUCCUGGCAACUCUAGGAUUGGUGGCUGUCAAGGGAUUUGUUGGGAUUUCAGGAAUUAAAUGCCUUUUGACAUUUCUCCUGCUGUGUCUGAUAGAAAUCUCCCUCUCCAUUCUGGGUUUUCUUUAUGAAAAGUGUUCUUGGCUGCACCAAGCUUUUGACAAUGCUGUGUCGAGUGGCUCUUCUCCCUUCCCUGCGUUCCUCAGGUCGAUUCUGGCAGGUGUCUGAUGUGGCUGGCUCCCAUCCUUGCUUACUGGCUCCUAACCUGGUGUUGAGAAAUAAAUCUGCCCGAAGCUGGAGUAAUAUACCUUUUAUCACAGUACCCCUCAGUCGCACCCAUGGCAAGUCUUUCGCACAUCGCAGCGAGCUAAAGCAUGCCAAGAGAAUUGUGGUGAAAUUAGGGAGCGCUGUUGUUACUCGAGGUGAUGAAUGUGGCCUAGCCCUGGGGCGACUGGCAUCCAUCGUUGAGCAGGUGUCAAUGCUGCAGAACCAGGGCCGGGAGAUGAUGAUUGUCACGAGUGGUGCGGUGGCGUUUGGAAAGCAACGGCUCCGUCAUGAGAUCUUGCUUUCACAGAGUGUGAGGCAGGCUCUCCACUCAGGGCAGAACCAACUCAAAGAUAUGGCCAUUCCUGUGCUGGAGGCUCGAGCCUGUGCUGCUGCUGGUCAGAGUGGGCUGAUGGCACUGUACGAGGCUAUGUUCACACAAUACAGCAUCUGUGCAGCUCAGAUCUUGGUUACUAACCUGGAUUUCCAUGAUGAGCAGAAACGUAGAAAUUUAAAUGGGACUUUGCAUGAGCUGUUACGGAUGAAUAUUGUUCCUAUCAUCAAUACCAAUGAUGCUGUGGUUCCUCCCCCAGAGCCUAACAGUGACCUGCAGGGGGUAAACGUAAUUAGUGUGAAGGACAAUGAUAGUUUAGCAGCACGGCUAGCUGUGGAAAUGAAGACAGACCUGCUAAUUGUUCUUUCCGAUGUAGAAGGACUUUUUGAUAGUCCUCCGGGGUCAGAUGAUGCAAAACUCAUAGAUAUAUUUUAUCCUGGAGACCAGCAGUCUGUGACUUUUGGAACGAAAUCUCGAGUGGGAAUGGGAGGCAUGGAAGCCAAGGUUAAAGCUGCCCUUUGGGCUCUCCAAGGAGGAACUUCAGUUGUGAUCGCUAAUGGAACACACCCCAAGAUCUCUGGCCAUGUCAUCACAGAUAUUGUAGAGGGAAAAAAAGUUGGCACAUUUUUUUCAGAGGUAAAGCCUGCAGGUCCAACAGUAGAACAGCAGGCAGAAAUGGCUCGAACAGGAGGAAGAAGUUUGGCAGCACUGCAACCUGAGCAGAGAGCUGAGAUCAUCUUUCACCUUGCUGAUCUUCUGACCGACCAAAGAGAAGAGAUUCUUCAGGCUAACAAAAAGGAUCUGGAAGAGGCUGAGAAUAAAGGGAGAUUGGCUCUGCCUUUGUUAAAGAGACUCAGUCUAUCAACUUCCAAGCUGAACAGUUUGGCCAUUGGAUUGCGUCAGAUUGCUGCAUCCUCACAAGAUAGUGUUGGCCGUGUCCUUAGAAAGACAAGAAUAGCAAAGGACUUGGAACUUGAGCAAGUGACUGUGCCUAUUGGGGUCUUGCUGGUGAUUUUUGAAUCCCGCCCUGAUUGCCUUCCCCAGGUGUCUGCUUUGGCUAUUGCUAGUGGGAAUGGUCUGUUGCUUAAAGGAGGCAAAGAGGCUUCACACAGUAAUCAAAUCCUUCACCAUCUGACUCAAGAAGCACUUUCAAUUCAUGGGGUGAAGGAUGCAGUGCAACUGGUGAAUACCAGAGAGGAAGUGGAAGAUCUUUGCCGAUUAGAUAAACUAAUAGAUUUGAUCAUUCCCCGUGGCUCUUCUCAGCUGGUUCGGGAUAUCCAAAAAGCAGCCAAAGGAAUCCCAGUGAUGGGGCACAGUGAAGGGAUUUGCCAUGUGUAUGUGGAUUUGGAAGCCAGUGUUGAGAAAGUUACUAGAAUAGUGAGAGAUUCAAAAUGUGAAUAUCCUGCAGCCUGCAAUGCUUUGGAGACACUGCUAAUACAUCGGGAUUUGCUGAGAACUCCUGUAUUUGAUCAGAUUAUUGACAUGUUGCGGGUGGAACAGGUCAAGGUACAUGCUGGGCCCAAAUUUGCCUCCUAUCUGACGUUUAGCCCUUCAGAAGUGAAAUCACUUCGCACAGAAUAUGGAGACCUGGAAUGCUGCAUUGAAGUGGUGGACAGUGUACAAGAUGCUAUUGAGCACAUUCAUAAAUAUGGGAGCUCCCACACAGAUGUAAUCAUCACAGAGAAUGAGAAAACAGCAGAGUUAUUCCUACAGCACCUGGAUAGUGCGUGUGUGUUCUGGAAUGCCAGCACCCGCUUCUCAGAUGGCUAUCGCUUUGGGCUGGGUGCUGAGGUGGGCAUCAGCACAUCACGGAUCCAUGCCCGUGGGCCAGUGGGAAUUGAGGGGCUCUUGACGACUAAGUGGCUGCUACGUGGAGACAACCACAUUGUUUCUGACUUUUCUGAGCAAGGGAGCAUGAAAUACCUUCAUGAAAACCUUCCCAUUCCACAAAGGAAUACUAACUGAAAAUCUAGUGAAGAGUAUGGUACUUAUAGGGCUGUUGUUAUUUCAGAACCUAGCCUGGGAAGGAAAUGAGCCUUCUCUAGGUAUGCAGAGGUUUCUGCACUUUUAGCUUUAAGUGUGCUCAGGAGUGUGGAAAGUGGGGUUCUCUGCUUUAGUCCCCCCCCGCCCUCCCGACUCAACUACAUUAUGUAGGUGACACAUGCAGAUGCAUACAGGACCUCUUGCGGUGCAGGAAAAAGAAUUUUUGAUCUUUCUUUAAUGAUGAUGAUGAUGUGCCAUCAAGUCUUUCUCAUAGUUCACUCCAAAUCACUGGGAAGUUUUUGGCUAGUAACAGAACUGAAUGCCUUUUUUCCCUGAAGCUUUUCUUGCUUUGGGAAAAACAUUGGGGAAUUUUUUUUCUUUCUCCUUCUCUAGAGAUUUGUAGCAACUUAUUUUAAUUUUUAAAAGUGCUCCAUCGGUUCAUGUCUUAUUUAAUAUAUUGAACUACCUUAAUAAAUAUUCCAGGUACAAAAUGAAUGGUCUUUAUCCUCCAAACAUUUUUCAUGCCUAGUAUCCUUUAAUUACUGACUGCCUUGUGGGAUAAGAGGCUAGGGCAAUGAUAUCAGGGUUUUCACUAUGACCCUUUUAUGAAUAUUUGUAUCAAAUAUUUUGUUCAUGAAUUUUAUAUAGAAUUUUAUUUCCCCUGAGACAGAAACAUAUUUUUCAAAUAUCAUGGUUUUGCAAAUAAAACUCCCUUGCAAUAAAAUUAUGGAUUCAACCA